CGCGGGAAAUCGCGGCCUCCUGGGGAGGAGCCCGCGACUCGCAAACAGCGACCGCCUCCUCCUCCUCCUCUUUCCUGGCGCGUUUGUGCCGGCUCAGAGGCCGCUCGAGGAAGCCACGCGCUGAUGAGUGCCCAGAAGACGAAGUGCCCACGUGCCCGUGUGUGAGCGAGCUUCCCUUCCUCCUUCCUCAAUGGGUGAGACGACAUCGGCUGCGCUGGUGUCCGCCUGGCGGCGAGCGGUGAACUGCAGUUGACGGUGGCACUGGCGCCGAUGAUGCGAUCCAAGUACGUGUGCACGCUGCGUGUUCUGCUGCUCGCCUUCGCGCUCCUGGCUGCCUCCAAGCUCAUAGCGGACUCGAGGAAGGGUCAUCGGCCCGCCGUGCCAGGCUCGGUUCUGACGAGGCUGUGGGGGCCAGCGCCCAGCCCCUCCGGCCCCUUGGCCGUUCGCUUCUGGGGGAAACCCAGCCUGGUCGACAAGUUCUGGGGGAAGAAGGUCUCGCAGGACGAGAAAGCGACGACCGGUGCCGCCGCUGGGGACGGGGAGCAGCAGGAGAAGCCGGGCGAGGUGCCCCACGCGAUGGACGAUCGGCGCGACCCCGGGGGGGCGGCGGGAGCGGCGGCGGCGGCGGCGCCCCCGGCGGAAGAGAAGGAGGAGGAGGCUCGUGAGCACAGCCCCGUCGGCAUGAGGCUCGUGCAUCUGGACCUCAAGGGGGCUGCCCCACAGAUCGGGUACCUGGAGCAGCUGAUCCCGUACUUGACCACGCUGGGGGCAGACGGGCUCCUUGUGGAGUAUGAAGACUCGUUCCCCUACGAGGGCGAGCUGCAGCUCCUGAGCAGCCAGUACGCGUACAGCAUGGAGGAUAUAAGGAAGAUGCUGCAACUGGCCGAGGCUUGCGGGCUUGAGGUCAUCCCGCUGGUGCAGACGUUCGGCCACAUGGAGUUUGUGCUGAAGCAUGAGAAGUAUGAGGGCCUGCGCGAGGUCCCGCGUUACCCCAACUCGCUGAACCCGCACCGCGCCGGCGCCCUCGAGCUGCUCUCCGCCAUGGUCACGCAGAUCCUGCUUGCGCACCCCCGCGCGCGCUACCUGCACAUCGGCUGCGACGAGGUUUACCACCUGGGCGAGAGCCCCGAGUCGAAGGAGUGGCUAAGCCAGAACGGCUCUCACCUGGGCCGAAUGUUCCUGGGCCACCUGGCCGUGGUGACGCAGCACGUGCGGGAACAGCGCCCCGAGGCUCGCGUACUCGUGUGGGACGACAUGCUGAGCGGCAUCGACGAGGCCGCCCUCAAAGAGUCCGGUAUCGCUGGAGAUGUAGAGCCGAUGCUGUGGGGCUACUCGCCUAACCUCAACGUCCAGCAGAAAGUGGAACACGUGCACAAGUACGCAAACAGUGGCUUCAAGGCGGUGUGGUUUGCCAGCGCUUUCAAAGGAGCGUCCGGGCCGAGCACGAUGGUGGCACCGGUGAAGCACCACGUGGACAAUCAGCUGCGGUGGCUGGAGGUGGCGCGGGGCAUGGCGGGGCAGCCCAUCGCCCUGCAGGGCAUCGCGCUCACAGGCUGGCAGAGGUACGACCACUACUCGGUGCUGUGCGAGCUCCUCCCCGUGGCCAUCCCGUCGCUCGCCGCCUCGCUGCAGACGCUCAUUCACGGUGGAUUCACUGACGAGGCCAAGAAGUCGACCACUGAACUCCUGGGUUUCCAGAGCCUGACCGAUGCAGCACAGUUUACCUGGGAGGGCUCCGGCACGUUCCCCGGAUACGAGAUCUAUCGCGAUGUCACCUGGAUCAGUGCCAACCUGCGGUCCUCCGUCGCCGAGGUGCUGGAAAAAAACGAGUUUUUGAAGGGUUGGUUUUCACCCUACCACCGGAAGCACAAGUUUGGAAAUCCGCUGUACAUGGAGCACUUUGGACAGAAAACGAGCCAGGUGCACGAUGGGUUGGAGGAGAUAGUGGGGAGGCUGAGGGUCGAGAUGGAGAGGGUGUUCUUCCCGGACGCGGUGGAGGAGUGGCUGGAUGAACACGUGAACCCGGAGAUGCAGCCGCUGCGAGCCCUUGUGAACGACUUCAAGGAGAUCAUCGCUCUGCGGGCACGGCCCAAGUCCUGAGCGCACCGGCGUCGUCUGCAGGCAGCGCCUCACUGGGUGCUGUCUGUGGGCUCCGUGGGGUGGAUGCGGGGGAAAUUCCAUGCACCCCUCAAUCAUGUAUCAUUGUGGACCACCGUGGCUCGUGACGCUGCCUUGGGGAGUGGCUGCUCAGAGGUGCAGAUUCAUCCCACCCAACCCAACGCUCUACCUGUUAGCACACGAGAGAUAUUAAUCAUCGUCUUCAUCAUCAUGAACUAUGAUCAGUCCACUGCUGGAUGACGGCUUCCCCAUGCCAUGUCGAUCAAAGGGGAUGUUUUGACCUUACUUCACCAUGCUGGUCAGUGCGGGUCGGUGAAGGGGUGGGCGGGGGCACCCAGGACUGGUGCAGAUAAUCACUCUCGCCGCUGGUGUUAGCCGUGGCUGGGAAUCGAACUUGGCAAACUUGGAUUGUAACAUAGUGCACUAACCACUGCGCCAUGGCUGCACCCGAGACAUUCAUAGAACGCAUCCAUGCAUCGAUUUAUAGUGGAAUAUUAUGCUCGUGAUAAUUGUCGUGAAUUGUGCGUGAGAAUCGCUUCUUUUCAGUUCGUACGUGUUGUCGAGAGUGGGCUCCCGGGACGACUGCAGAGGUGAAUCGCGACCCUGAGGCAUGACAAUAUUGAAUGGCGACAGGCAAAUUGUAACAUCCCCGUGUCACCAUGUUCAAACUGAAAUAUCGCCUGCGUGAGUGGGUGAAGGAAGGGUGGAACACAGCGAGUGAAAACAUCGACGUUGACAACUGGGUCUUGUUAAGUUUUGGGUUCUGAAGUUGCAUUUGGUGCUACCAGAGGACGAGAGCCAGCGGCGUUGUUUGCGUUUGGACCUUUCUCGGUACCAUUUGAAGUGCAGCUGUGAUGCACCUGCGCAAGGAAUACAUCUUCACCCGGAGCUUAGCUGAAGAAGCCUCUGAGCCAGAGGUCGCAACCGGGUACCCGAUACCCGUACCCUACCCGAUACCCGGCUACCCGUACCCAGCCGGGUACGGGUAGCCGUUUGCGACCCUGGUGCGGCCGGGUACGGGUACGGGUAGUCCGUGAGUCACUGGUGAGUAACUGUCACUCAUUUCCCAACGUCUUGUCUCUUCUCACAAUUCAAGUUCCUAGAAUCAACCCACCCGCGCCUGCAACAUGGCUUCAUCCCAGAGGUCGCAAUCAGGUACCCGAUACCCGUACCCUUCCCGUAACCGGCCGGGUACGGGUACCCGUUUGCGACCCUGAUGCGGCCGGGUACGAGUACGGGUAAGGAAUCAAAACCCGUUUGCGACCUCUGCUCUGAGCAGCACGGUCCAUUUCCAUGAGGUCGGAUCCAUUCUUAGCGGUUGUGAUUGGUGUAAUGGUGGGGUUAAGCUUUGUGUCUGCCCCUGACUAUUAAUAUUAAAUGUAUGUAUGUAUGUUGAAUUUAAUUUGCACCGCGCGUAGCCAAAUGUGAUAAUCGGAGGUGGGAAAAUGACAAUUAUGUAUAAUUAUUUUCAAGUGCAAUCAUGGAACUAAGAUAAAACAAUGUUGGUCCUGUGGUACAACAUUUUGCAUUACUGUAAAACGUAAACAAAGUAAAUUGGCAGUGCUAUUCUCAGCUAUUUACCGUGCGCGGUAAAAUAUCCAGAAUCUAUUUUAUUCACUGUUUACCAUUUUUAUUGCAUACGUACUCUGCAGAGUUCACGACAUCAAUACCACGUGCUCUCUAUGCUCUUAUGCUCGUUGUCCCAUGUUUGACUCUCAUUGGAGAGUGCACUUUAGUUGCUGCUGCCUUUAUCAUUUGGUAAGAAGUCAUCAAGCAACUUUGUCCAACGAGUUGCAUACAACUCUCGGUUUUCAAACAUUUGUAUAUGUUUUGAAUGCAGUGGAGUAAUUUGAAAAAAAAUAGCUAUUUAUUACAAUGCUUUGUGUGCAUUGCUAGCAAAUCCACACUUAGCGAAGUGUUGUCACCAUUGAUACGAUAUCCACUAUAAAGAGUCUGUCUCUUGCACAAUUCAUAUUUAGAAUCGUGAGACCAUACCUUGUGUCUCAUCGAGACACAAGGCCCAUCCUGUGGUGUGUCCUCACAGGAUGGGCAGACUGGUUUUGUGGGGUCUGCCUUUGUAUUCCAACACGUGUUCCUGCAGACCAGGGAUUGAUUUCUCCGGAACGCAUGGGCCACACGCAGUUGAUGAUCUUGGCGAUCUGUAUGUAUGUAUGUUGAACUUCUUUCGCACCAUACGUAGCCAACCGCGCUAAGCAGAGGUGCGGGGGAAGGACAACAAAUCAAAGACAGAAGGCACGUCUAAACAAAUGAGUUCUAAAUCUUGAUUUAAAAGUGCAGAGCUCCAGUGGCUUUCUAAUAUAUUUCCAUAUACACCAAACUAUGGGCACAUAACAAUCUCGCUGUCUCUUUAAAGAGCAAGUGGAACAGGUUGGUGAGUGGCCUGUGAGUGAUAUAAUUUCGGUGCUGCUCUGAUGACUCGGUGUGGGAGAAUCGACAAACCACUUGUAGGCCUUGCCCGCCUACUAGAUAUGGAAUGUUUAGCAAGUGCUAACUUAAGCCGUUGAAUGCAUUGGGCUGUCUCUGGCUGCAUUGAUCUGUCUCAAAAGCUAAUUUGGAAAUGUAACGAAGACUCUCGUUGCAAGGAAUUGGGCUGCUUCAAGAUGCAAUACAGCGAGAAAUGAAUCCUUUCACAAGGUUGGUUGGACCGAGACCCUGUAAGUAAAUGUUAAUAGCGUCGUGCGGGAUGUUCGGUUGACCCAGUGUGCCCGCUCACGGCGGGGCAGCACCUUGGUUCCAGUUUGCGGUGUUACUUGGGCGGUCAUCAGAGCCACUUCUGCCCGCACGCGUUUUUGCCGUGUGGCACGUGAGACGCGGUUGGGGGGGUGGGGGUAGAUUGGUUGUUACGCCACAUUAGGUGGGCACAAAUGAAGUGACUGCUAGCGGUCUAACUUGCGCUGCAUAAAUAUCUGCUGCAUCAUGAUCUGAUUUGGGUUAUGUCUAAUGUGCUGUGUCACAUAGUGAAUGUACGUGCACUUAUACGACACAACAUCAUGCACAUCAAAUUGUGUGUUGACCUGACCGGCCCCGUGUGUUUUGGUGUUAACUGUGCUGUAUAUUUGGCUUUGUCUUUAAGCCAAUUGUGUUAGAUUGUGUUCGUCGUAUGCUACUCCAUUGAAUACGAACUAUACACACACACACAAGUCAUUGUGUUUGCGAUUAAGCAAAUGUGGUUUAUUGUCAAAUAUCAGAACGCAUAAUCAUGGGAAUGAAAACCACGUUGCCUGCAGUUUAUCCACAUAUACAGUUGUGUAAUCUCUCAUGAAUGCCUCGGCCCUGUUUGUGAGCUGCCUAAUAACGUGACGUUUAAUGUCGUAGCCUGUGUACAAGCGGUAUAAUUACGUGUGGUGAUGGCGUUUAGUUUUACGGUGUUGACAUUAUUGACGAAUGUGUCGUGUAUGAAACUGUUCUGUGAUAUCACCUGCCUGGUUAUAGGCGCCUUACCAUUAAAAUAGCAACUCUAAUCUCCGUGGGACUGAUUACUGGUGAAAUAAAUGCUCAAAUGAUCACGAA